UUGUUUUAACGAUCAUUGAGUUCAUGUGACAGUAUGCUUGGGUAUUUUUGGGUUGGCUAACACUUUGCCUGACUACAGUAUUUUCCUUGAGCUGAAAAGCAUUUGAAGUGCUGCCACUGUAGCUUUGGCAGCCGGAAACUGGGAUCAGCUGAUGGAGGAGGAGCCGUGAGAGAGCUGAGCCAUCUUCCCCCGGCAGAUUAAUACACUCGGAGCCUGGACAAGGGGAACACGGGAAAGCGUUUAGGGAUCCGGGUGACAUUUGGAGGCACGGACGAUUGAAAUACGCCAGGAACGCCUAUGUCAGUUGCAAAGGAAGAUUUCUGAGGGACUCGUUAAUACAAAUUCUGCUUCAGAGUUGACGGAGGACUAACGCUAUAUCAGCGUUUAACCUUAAACCCAAUGUUGUAAGGUUAAUAAUACAAAGAACGGAAAACACUGAGCUAGGACUGGGGGUUAAUAUCGAAAUAUGAACGCCGUGUAACAUGGGAAAAUGCUAAAGUCCAGGAGAUAAGCGAUAUAAGUAAGCAUGUAGCUCUUGGCGUACGGAGAGUGUGUAACGUUAGCAUCACCAGUAAAUGUAAACAAACCGUUAUUUAAGAUAGCUGAAGUUAGCCGAUUGGAGUUAGCUUUCUAGUGCUAAUACAUAUAACGUUAGCUAGCCCAAGGUAGUAGGAGCACAAGAUAGAAGAGGGAGGUAAACCGAAGUGUACACACGCCUGUCGUCGUGUUUAAAUCCAAACUUGACCUCGUUAUUGUUGGCUGUAGCAAAUGACGGCUGUUUGUGUUAGCUCGGUCUGCAGUUAUUAGCACGGUUAGCCGUUCAGCUAACGUCGGCUAAAUGUUAUUUGCAUUAGAAGCUCAGCAUAAUAACAUUGCAACUCGCACGCUAAAGGCAAGACAAUGGAGACAUUUGGUAAUAACGCUAAGUGUUUGGUAUUUCUUUGUUUAAAAAAAUGUUGCUGUGAGAGAUUAAACACUUCUGGGAUUCGUGUGAUGCUACAAUAGAUAAUCUAGAUAUUCGGUGUAGCCCAUCUGAUUGGCUGAAAAGAGUAGGACGUCGAGAUGAAAGAAAACUUCAUAACUUCCUAUAGAUUAAAUUAAUCACAUCGCUACGCAGAGCAGUCCUUAUGGCAAUGUUAUAUAUGGGUUGCUCGCGUUCCUAGCUGCAUUGUGAGUGUAAAUGCUCACUGUUACAUUCUGUACCCUUCGUCUCUUUGACAGUGUAGUUUGUAUAGUGACAAUAAUUAGUUGGUGAGUUUGGCCUCUCAGCGGCAGCAGUGGGCAGCUAUACAGUCAAAUAGACGAGUGGAGCGCCUGUUCAAAGUUAGGGGCUGCAAAGGGAGCCAAAGUCAGCCGGACAGCAUAGAGUAGAUUGUUACAUCGAUCUAGAGAACUUGUAGUUUGAUCUGUGUUUAUAAGAAACACGUGUAAAACAGAUGUUACAUAGACUAAAGGCUGUAUUUGUACUUUAGCUGUGUAUAUUAUCCUACAGCCUAUCCAAAGGAAAGCACCGCCUUGUCAGAGCUGGUAUUGUGUAGCUGUGUUUGAGGGCCCAGCGGUAAGCCUCUCAGCUGUGUUUUGGUUGCUAGUGGCCUCCCCUCCCCCAGUCUUGAGACUCUUGUUUCUCGACUCUCGAUUCUCCUCGAGAGUUGCACACUGUUCCCCGGAUUUCCAUUAGAUUUUUAAACAGAAGAGAGGCCGUGGCCUCAAGAAGCAAUCCUCUGGACUCCGAAGCCGCAAAGACGUGGAUGUAAUGGAACUGAUGUUCGCCGAGUGGGAGGAUGGAGAGAGGUUCUCAUUCGAAGACUCGGACCGGUUCGAGGAAGACUCUCUGUGCUCCUUCAUCUCAGAGGCCGAGAGUCUCUGUCAGAAUUGGAGGGGAUGGAGAAAGCAGUCAGCCGGACCCAACUCUCCUACUGUCAAGAUUAAAGAUGGUCAGGUUAUUCCUCUGGUGGAGCUGUCAGCAAAGCAAGUAGCGUUCCACAUCCCGUUUGAAGUGGUGGAGAAGGUCUACCCCCCUGUCCCAGAACAGCUUCAGCUUCGCAUUGCAUACUGGAGCUUCCCUGAAAAUGAAGAGGACAUCAGGUUAUAUUCUUGCCUGGCUAAUGGGAGUCCAGAUGAAUUUCAACGUGGAGAGCAGCUUUACAGGAUCAGAGCUGUCAAAGACCCCCUGCAGAUUGGCUUCCAUCUAAGUGCAACAGUGAUGUCCAAUCAGGCUGGUCAGUCCAAAGCAGCUUACAAUGUGGCGGUCAUGUUUGACCGCUGUCGCAUCACUUCCUGCAGCUGCACCUGUGGCGCUGGGGCCAAAUGGUGUGCUCAUGUGGUGGCACUCUGUCUCUUCAGGAUCCACAAUGCAUCAGCAGUGUGUCUUAGGGCUCCAGUCUCUGAGUCUUUGUCUAGGCUGCAGAGGGACCAGCUCCAGAAGUUUGCCCAGUACCUCAUCAGUGAGCUGCCUCAGCAGAUCCUACCCACAGCCCAGCGGUUGUUGGAUGAGCUGCUGUCAUCUCAGUCUACUGCCAUCAACACUGUGUGUGGAGCUCCAGACCCAACAGCAGGUCCUUCAGCAUCUGACCAGAGCACCUGGUAUUUGGAUGAGUCAACCCUUAGCGACAACAUCAAAAAGACUCUGCACAAAUUUUGUGGGCCUUCACCUGUCGUCUUCAGCGAUGUAAACUCCAUGUACCUGUCCUCCACGGAGCCACCAGCUGCUGCUGAAUGGGCAUGUCUGCUGCGACCUCUGAGGGGCCGAGAGCCAGAAGGCAUCUGGAACCUUCUGUCCAUUGUUAGGGAGAUGUUCAAGAGACGAGACAGCAACGCUGCCCCACUGCUUGAGAUCCUCACUGAGCAGUGCCUUACCUAUGAACAGAUCAUCAGCUGGUGGUACAGUGUUCGGACAUCUGCGUCCCACAGCAGUGCCAGUGGCCACACCGGACGCAGCAACGGCCAGUCGGAGGUGGCAGCUCAUGCCUGUGCCAGCAUGUGUGAUGAGAUGGUGGUGCUCUGGAGGCUGGCAGUGCUUGACCCCACUAUGAGCCCCUGCAGGCGUCUGGAACUGGCAGGCCAGCUGAAGCAGUGGCACCUGAAAGUUAUAGAGAUAGUGAAGCGGGGCCAACAUCGCAAGUCCCUGGAUAAACUGUUUCAGGGCUUCAAGCCUGCUGUGGAAUCCUGCUAUUUCAACUGGGAGGUGGCUUACCCACUGGACGGCAUUACCUACUGCAGUGCUGAUAAGAAGAGUGCCACAUUCUGCUGGUCCAGGGCAGUGCAGCACCAGAGAGGAGUCAAAGCUGCUGCAGGAGGGAGUGGAGAACCUCCUGAACCAGGGGGAGGAGGGAGAGCUGAAGGUGGAGCAGGGGGAGAUAAUAGAGGAAGAGGAAGUGGUCACUCCUCCCUACAGGAGGUGGCAGUACGACCCAAGGAGACCAUUCUUACCAAGAGAAAGGGUCUGUCAGUGAGUGGAGGAGGAGGGAUGCUGGUCCGUCUGGGGGGGAGUGUCUCCCUGUCCCUGGAAGAUGGAGCAGGGAAGUGCCUAUACAAAGGGCCAGGCUCAUCGUCAGGAGGGAAGCUGAAACUGACACAGGGAGGAGUGAAGGGGGCAUCUGUAGGAGGUCCUGGAGCAAGUGGAGGGUUAGGAGGCGGUAAGCAUGCCAAUGCCAAGCGGAGAACCAGCAGUGAGGAUAGCUCCCUGGAGCCAGACCUGGCUGAGCUCAGCUUGGAUGAUGGCUGCGGUCUGGCUCUGGGGGCUGAAGCCAGCAACACUUUUGAGUUUCUCCCCCCGCCACCAGAGAUGCUGCCUUCCCCAGCCCCACUGCUCAGAGACUCACGCAAGUACAGUAACGGUGGGGGGAGCAAGAUGUUUGAAACAAAGCGUAUCAGCCAUGCCUCUUCUGCUCUUCCAGUAGCAGACCCUCCUCCACCUUGCUUCCCUUCCAAAGAGUCAGUAAUGGUUGUUAUGGACAUGCCCACUGCUGUAGAAAAGGAAGCUGAACUGGAGGUGGAGCCUGCCCAGAGCAGAGAUGAAGAUGUAGACUCAGCUGGCAGUAAUCAGCCUUCCACCGCCACUACUACAGCAAGAUCCGCCACUACUCAGACAUCUGUCAAACAACCACAGGGCUGUGGAGAGACGGCAUCUGCUGGAGCAGCAGCAGAGGCAGAAGUUGGAGCUGCAGGAGGGGAAGGAGGAGAAGCUCUGGGUGAGGAUGACUAUCAGGCAUAUUACUUGAGUGCUGCCUCAGAGGAGGGGGCAGAUAGACAGCUGACUGACAACCACCAGGAGGAGGAGCCAGACAUCUUUGCAGGGAUCAAACCACUGGAGCAGGAAGGACGCAUGGAGGUACUGUUUGCGUGUGCCGAGGCCCUCCAUGCUCAUGGCUACAGCAAUGAGGCAUGUCGGCUGGCUGUGGAGCUAGCCGAAGACCUGUUAGCCAACCCUCCAGACCUGAAAGUGGAGCAGCCACAAACUAAGGGUAAGAAGAACAAGGUGUCAACCAGCCGUCAGACGCAGGUAGCCACUAACACGCUGUCCAAAGCUGCCUUCCUCCUCACAGUUCUCAGUGAACGGCUGGAGCUCCACAACUUGGCCUUCAGCACUGGCAUGUUCUCCCUAGAGCUCCAGAGACCACCGGCAUCAACCAAAGCUUUAGAGGUGAAGCUGGCCUACCAGGAAUCAGAGGUGGUGGCUCUGUUGAAGAAGAUUCCCCUGGGUCUGGUGGAGAUGUCAGCCAUCAGAGAGAGAGCUGAGCAGCUCAGAGAUGGGAACUUCUGUGAUUACAGACCUGUGCUGCCACUUAUGUUGGCCAGUUUCAUCUUUGAUGUACUGUGUACCCCAGUUUGUGCAGUUGUGUCCCCAACGGGGUCCCGUCCACCGAGCCGUAACCGUAACAACGAGAUGCCUGGCGAUGAGGAGCUUGGCUUUGAGGCUGCUGUUGCUGCUCUUGGUAUGAAGACCACAGUCAGUGAAGCAGAGCAUCCUCUGCUGUGUGAAGGAACCAGACGGGUGAAGGGUGACCUGGCUCUGGCUCUCAUGAUCACCUAUAAGGAUGACCAGAGCAAACUAAAGAAGAUACUGGAUAAGUUGUUGGACAGGGAGAGUCAGACUCACAAGCCCCAGACUCUGAGCUCCUUCUACUCCAGCAAGCCAGCAGCUGGUAGCCAGCGCAGCCCGUCCAAACAUACUGCUGCCAGCCACAGUGGAGUGAGUGGGGCCACAGGGGGUGUCUCCAAACAUGCCCCUUCAACUUCUUCAGCAGCCACGGCGGCAGCCUCGUCCACCAGCUCUUCCUCUGCUGUGGCACUGCCUGGGGAAGUGGUGGCUCAGACUGAACUGAACCCAGUGCAAAACAGUACAGCAGGGGAGAGUUCUACUGAGACCCGGGAACAUGUGUCAGAUGGCCCUGCAUCAAGUGACCAGCAGAAUGAAAUGGCUCCGUUUAAGCUGGAGGCCACAGUGCCCAGUCGGCUGGCGCUGGGGGCACGCUGUGGAUACAGCCAGCGCUGCUGGGGCUCACCUGUCCGGCAGAAGAAGAAACACACUGGCAUGGCGAGUAUCGACAGCAGUGCUCCAGAGACGACCUCAGACAGUUCUCCCACCCUCAGCCGCAGGCCACUACGAGGUAGCUGGGCAGCAACAUCUUGGGGGCGGGGCCAGGACAGUGACAGCAUCAGCAGUUCAUCAUCUGAUUCACUGGGCUCAUCCUCCUCCAGUGGCUCUCGCAGGGCAGGGGGUGGGGCCAGAGCCAAGAGCACUGACACCAGCAGGUACAAAGGGCGACGUCCAGAGUGCCACGCCCCCCACGUGCCCAACCAACCAUCAGAAGCAGCAGCCCACUUUUACUUUGAGCUGGCCAAGACAGUGCUGAUCAAAGCUGGAGGAAACUCCUCCACUUCCAUUUUCACCCAGCCCUCAGCCAGUGGGGGCCACCAGGGGCCCCACAGAAACCUGCACCUGUGUGCCUUUGAGAUUGGCCUUUAUGCCCUUGGUCUCCACAACUUUGUCUCACCCAACUGGCUGUCCAGGACCUACUCCUCCCAUGUGUCUUGGAUCACUGGCCAGGCCAUGGAGAUUGGCAGUGCUGCCCUCAACAUAUUGGUGGAGUGUUGGGAUGGUCACCUCACCCCUCCAGAGGUGGCAUCCCUCGCAGACCGAGCGUCACGGGCCAGGGACCCCAACAUGGUUCGUGCAGCAGCAGAACUGGCACUGAGCUGCCUGCCUCAUGCCCAUGCCCUCAAUCCCAAUGAAAUCCAGAGAGCUCUAGUGCAGUGCAAAGAGCAGGACAAUGUGAUGUUGGAGAAGGCCUGCAUGGCAGUAGAGGAAGCAGCUAAGGGGGGAGGUGUGUACCCUGAGGUUCUGUUUGAGGUGGCCCACCAGUGGUACUGGUUGUAUGAGCAGUCAGUGGGUGGGGGCUCAAGUCAGCAGAGGGAGACCUCUGGGCGCUGUGGGGCCAAUGGUGGUUCAGGCAGGAGGCCCCCAGAAUCCAGCUGUGGUGUUGUUGACAGUGGAGUCAACAUGGAGUCUCCAGGGGUGGCAACAGUGACAGCCUCAGUCACUGCAGCAGCCGUUGUACCUGUCAUCUCUGUGGGCUCCACCAUCUACCAGUCCCAUGCCAUGCCUGGGCAGGCCAUGGCUCAUCCCCACAGCCAGGGCCUCCAUCCCUACACCACAAUCCAGGCCCAUCUCCCCACCGUCUGCACCCCUCAGUACCUGGGACACCCGUUGCAGCACGUCCCCCGGCCCACCGUCUUUCCUGUGACUGGGGCUGCAUACCCACAGGGAAUGCACCCAGCCUUCAUCGGAGCCCAGUACCCGUUCUCUGUGGCCGCUGGCCCCCAGCCCCCUAUGGCAGCCACGGCUGUCACGUUCCCAGGUGUCCCCGUACCAUCCAUGACUCAGAUUGCCGUCCACCCCUACCACACUGAGACAGGACUGCCCCUCAGCACCACCGUAGCAGGUCAGAACUACAUACUGGUUGGCAGUGUGCACGCAGGCCCCACCAUCCAGGCCAUCCAGGGAGCAUCUCUGCCCUCCCUCUCCUCUCAGCCUGGCUCAUUGGUCAGCACUCCUUUCGCAGCAGAGGAUGAGCAGCACAGCCAGCCAAUCAGUCAGCAGGGCCUACACUAUCUGCACUCUGCCUACAGAGUUGGCAUGCUGGCACUGGAGAUGCUGGGCAGGAGGGCACACAAUGACCACCCCAACAACUUCUCCAGGAGCCCACCUUACACCGAGGAUGUUAAAUGGCUGCUGGGUCUGGCUGCUAGGCUAGGAGUCAACUACGUGUACCAGUUCUGUGUCGGUGCAGCAAAAGGUGUCCUCAGUCCAUUUGUCCUGCAGGAGAUCAUCAUGGAGGCUCUGCAGAGGCUGAACCCCGCCCACAUCCACGCUCACCUCCGAACACCUGCUUUUCACCAACUCGUCCAGCGCUGCCAACAGGCCUACCUACAGUACAUCCACCACCGGCUCAUCCACCUAACACCCGCUGACUACGAUGACUUUGUCAACAUCAUCCGCAGCGCUCGAGGUGCUUUCUGCUUGACACCUGUAGGUAUGAUGCAGUUUAACGAUGUGCUGCAGAACCUGAAGAGAGGCAAGCAGACUAAGGAGCUGUGGCAGCGUAUCUCCCUGGAGAUGGCAACCUUCUCUCCAUGAGCAGCACCCCAGGGGGAUGGAGUUCUGGGCCGAGCCUAAGGAAUCCCAUCCAGUGCCCACCCAGCCCCCAGCAGCGCUACCUGCCACUGCACUGAGCCGGCCACAUUCAUGCUGUGUGUUCUGUCAGGGACACUGCUCCCUGCUAUGUGGAUUCAGCAGACACAGCACACGGGGCAGUACAAUCAGCUCCCGUGCCCCUGACCCACAGAGACCUCUUUAUUAGUGUUUGUCCACGCCUCGCUCAGAGAAGAAUCCAGGUCCACUCCCUGCUCUUCUCUGGUCUUGACUGACUGACUCCUUUUUGUUUUAUCAUAGUUCAUGUUUGUGUAAGUGUGGAAUUAAAGUGUACUCCUUCUUUUCUCCAUC